GCGUGGUAUAUUGCAGCCGGAUGUGUACGUUUGUUUGUUAUACGUAACGACGUAUUGCAGUUGCAAGUUUUUAGCCUUUUCGUUUGUCGCCAGAAUUGACAUUGAUUUCCGAAAAUCUCGAAUAUAUUCAAGUAUCGAGUAUCCUGGUCGCAAGUUUUUCUCCAAGAGACAGCUCGUGUAAUACUCGUGCAAUAAAUAGCACAACUAGUUGUUUCGCUCGUUAGUGGGACGACAGAUGUGGAGGCUCGACGCGAGACUUCGAUAAUUCGCUCAAAAAUGCAAGUGCAAGACACUGAAGGUGCGGACGGUUCACCAUGGAACAACUCAAGUGGCUGUGACGAGGAUCGCAGACCGGCUCAAAAGGAGGGUAAAAAGUCAAAUGUGCUACCGCUAUGGGGCAAUGAGAGGACCAUGAAUCUAAAUCCAUUGAUCCUCACCAACAUACAAUCGUCACACUAUUUCAAGGUGAAUUUGUACGAGCUCAAAACUUACCAUGAAGUGAUAGACGAGAUUUACUAUAAGGUCUCCCAUCUCGAACCGUGGGAAAAAGGUAGCAGAAAGACUGCGGGUCAGACUGGCAUGUGUGGAGGCCGGUUCAUGCAGGUUCGAGGCGUGGGAGCUGGCGGGAUUGUCUCUACGGCGUAUUGCUUGCUCUACAAGCUCUUCACACUGAGGCUGACUAGAAAACAACUAAAUGGACUCAUCAACCACCCGGAUUCACCCUACAUUCGCGCCCUAGGAUUCAUGUACAUUAGAUACACACAGCCACCGGCAGACUUGUUCACCUGGUACAGCGACUACCUGGAGGAUGAGGAGGAGCUAGACGUAAAAGCAGGCGGCGGGCAAACGAUGAAGAUGGGCGAUAUCCUGAAGCAGUUCCUCACUAAGCUCGAAUGGUUUUCAACAUUGUUCCCACGCAUACCAGUACCGAUUCAGAAGGACUUGGAACUGCGACUGGCCGAGCGGUUUCCGCAGCAGCAGAUGAACGCGCGCAACGCCAAACCACCCAUCACGCUCAACAGUCACGGCAAGUACGGCGGUAAGGACGGCCGGAAGGACAACGGGAACCUGACAUCCCGGAAUCAGCAGCCUCGGCACAUCCCCGACAGCGAGGCUCAGUGGGGCGAGGCCGAGCGUACGAGUCACUGGCGUGCCAGAUCCGAUGAGGAUCGUAAGGACAGGAACAGGGAAGGACGUGAUCGGGAACGAGAUCGGUUGCGAGAGCGAGACAGGGAGAGAGUUCGCGAACGGGACCGGGAGAGGGACAGGCACGGCAAGAGGUCCAACAGCCGCGACAGGAGUAGAAGGCAGAGGGAGUGCAGAAGCCGCAGCAGAGAUAGAUCGUACAGAGAUCGCAGCAGGGAUCGUCAUCGCGACAGAGACCGACAUCGGGAUAGGAGAGGCUCGCCGUACGACUACGCCACAGAAUUGGCACGCGAGCGCGAGAGGCAACGAAGGGAGAGGGAAUAAACGAGUGAAUGCUAUACACAAUGACAUGUACAUAUUCAAUUAUUUGUACGAAUUGUAUAGCUAUGGGGGGGGGGGGGGAUUAAGCGAUAAGCGAAUUAGAGCCGAGCCACUAUACCACUAUCCUCAUCACUACCAUCACCACCAUGCAACGUGCACUCCUCGUGCAGGAUAUAUCUCGGAGUAGUAAUCUGGAGUGGAGUGUACUAGCCUAAAUCUAAUUCGUCUAUAUUCACACUCUAUGUAGUUUACAUGUUUUUAUAAAAUAAAAUCGUCACCGUCA